CACACCCACACACACACAGUCGAACAGACCGAGACACACAGUCACACACACACGCGCGCAGACAUAUGCACACUCCUACACCGACGUGGGUGCAGGUGCUUGUUCAUCUCGUCAAUCUCUUCUAACUGGAGAGGAGGACAAAGUGAGAGAGAGAGAAGAAGCGAAUAAGGAGGUGACAUCGCGCCAAGAAAAAGGAUGGGAUGAAGUGAGAGAUCCUCUUUGACUCCUCUGAAGAUGGACUAAAGAGACUUGGGGUAGAAAGUGGGGAAGGAAGAGUGAAAGAGAGCGCCGCCGUCUCGCACACUCGAGUGUUGUGCACAGGUAUGUGGAGAGACAGAGCGAGCCCAGGACUGGCCCUGCGUGGCGCCCUGAUCACAGUCCUCCUUGUCUGUGUGCAUGUUUACCUGGAGAGGGGUAGGAGGGGGGGUACUCCACCCCUGCCCCAGAGACCACCCUCGCCAGCCAGCCUGGCCCUCCAGGAAAGGGGGGCACACACCAGAGGGGGGCUGCCUGCGGACAAGCAGGGGGACAGGGAACUGAAGAGGAGGGUGUCCUAUGUACGCACGCUGAAGAAGGACCCAGAGGCUGGGAGGAAGGCAGGAGGCAGCGAGGACCCCUCAACAACGUGCUGCCCACCUCUUGGCCCGCACAAAAAGACUACUCGGUGGCACAUAGACCUGGAGCCGUGGGCUGGAGAGACACACUCUUUGGAGGACGAGGCUCGAAGAUUCCUCAACUACAUCACCACACCGCAAGUGUCGUGUGUUCCCCCUGCCUCUGGGGGCGCUGUGUUGGAGACCAGCCAGGAGGGGCCCUGGGCUGUGUGUCUGGACAGCAAGUACAGCCUGGCUCACAAGAUACACAGCAAACACUGCAGGGUCUACUCUCUGGGACUGGGUGUAGCGGAGCGUGUUCUGGAGCGUUCCCUGGGGGGGGCGGGGUGUGAGGUGCACUGCUUCGACCCGAGCCUGAGACAGCCCCACCUCCAGCAGGGAGACAUGUGGCUCCACAAGCUCUCUGUGGACUGGCGUGACCCAAACCCAGCCAUCUCCGCCCAGAGGCACCACGGCAACACCAAGAAGCUUGCCACCAUCCUCAACGACUUUGGCCACAGACAGGUGGAUGUUCUCAAAGCAGACAUGGAGAGUGCUGAAUGGAAGAUUCUGGAGAAUCUGAUUCUGGAAGGGGUCCUCGACUCUGUGGGCCAACUCCUUCUGGAGCUCCACCUCCACUGGGCAGGGUUUGAGGUGGGUGGAGAUGACCCCUCUGUGGUCCGUUACUGGUUCAGCCUGCUGAAGGAGCUGGAACGCGCUCACUUCCGCCUCUUCCGCUCCUACAGCGACCCAGCCAAACCCCGUCUCUUCCUGCACAAGAAUGUUCUGAAUGCCAGCAGUGCCUACACGCUGGGCUGGGUGAACACACAGUGAGGGCACUAACCGGAACGGACAGGCCUUCGGGCCAAAGCAGAAGCUGCUCAGAAUAACGACGCAUGCUGGGAAAUGUAGUUUGGGUUUUGAUGGACGAUACAGGUUGUCCAUUCCUUAGGCUUUCCUUGUGAAACAUGGAACGUGGCUUGCCAAUGUCUCGGGUUUCAGGCUUCUACAGUUGAGUCACAUGUGAACACUACACUCCUUUCAAGCUCUAUAUGAAAACACUGAUGAGUCACCCCUCGUUGACCCCUCCCACGUGUCUGAAAUGAUCUCGACCAUGUUGAGGGGAAGGUGUAAUUGGACCAGAGAGGCAGAGCAUCAAAGCGAUUGCGUGUUGGCCAGGGUAAGGGGAGGGUGGGGUGUGGGCGUCAAACCACAGUCCCCCCUGUCAUCAAGUCCUUAUCUUGAGCUGGCCUGGAACCCACCAGUCCUGACCACCUCCUCCUUCACUACCUUCCUACGGGAUACUCCACCGCAGAGGAAAUGCAGCAGGUUGAUCAUAUUGCCGAAGCCAAAAGCCACAUUGGUCAGGGAGACGUUGCUGGCCAAUCACCUCUGAUGAAUGACCCAGGGGUGCGUGGCAGUCCCAGUUGUAAGGAUGGUCCCAACAAAGAACAUGUCAUGUUUAUUUUGUAUUAAAAUCUGUUUUGCAGAAGAAAGGUUUAAAAUACGGAGGAUAUUUUAUUUAAAUGUUACAGAUGUCGGGAAAGAGUACAUUACCAAUUCUCUUUUCCUACAUAAUAGUGCCGUUUGUGCAUGUUUGUAGACUGAACAGCAAUUAUAAUAAAAAACUAUUUUGGCAACAAGGGUUCUUGAUACUAACAAUUGUAAUUGUAACAGAAUGUCAACGCAGCCACACAUUAGUUCUGUAAUGAGGAUUCCUGUUGUUCUCUGUCCUUUCUGAGUCAUUCCCUUCCCCCGGUCCCUCCCUCCUCUUGCCUCCCUUUCCCUCAAGCCCCUUAUUUAACUCUCCUGUGUGCUCUGCAGCUUUCAAACAGAUUUGUCACCACAUUUAUUACAAAAUGUGAUAUGAAGUCUCGAUUUUGAGAAUAGAUUAAACGUGAUAACUCUUAAUUACUUUUUCCCCAAAAAAUAUUGUUGAAAUUAUGAAAGCUGUGAGAGACUUGGGGCUAAAAUGACUCAAGUCAGCUUACUUUCAGAAAGGGUUUAAGAGUUUUGAAAAGAAGAGAAUUAGCACUGUUAUAAAAAUGAAAAUCCAAAUAAACUGGCUGGUAAAUCGGCUCUUCAAUGACAAGCAACUAAAUUGGCUUGACAACAGAAGAUUAACAAAUUAAUUUACAGGCAAAAUGUACGAAAUGUUUAAUUUUCACAAAGGGACUGUUUUUUUUCUCCAAAAA